AGCUGGGCGCGGCCAUGGACUCCAUGGCAUUGCUUGCCGGCCAUGGACAGCCCCCUUAUGGCUGCAACACCCCGAGGCGCGCGGGGGGCCGCGGAGAACUCUCCACGGCCGGCGGCGAAGUCCAAAACGCAAGGACGUCCGCGCGGAGAAAGUCCCAGCAGCAAAUCGGGGAGCAAAGGUGACGCCAAGCCAGGGCUGAGUGCCAUGCUCCAAAACCGGGACGUACAUGCGCGCCUCUACGUGGGAGGAUCAGAUCAGAAGAUCCGCGUGAAGGACGCGCGGCAGAAGAAGGAAGAGCCACCCCCUGAUCCGAAACCUGGCAGGGGCACAGCCAGCGAGGCCUGCCAACGCAUACAUGACGAAGGCGUGAAAAGAAAGAAAGAGGUUCUGGUCCGUGCCCGCUCGAAGUACGAAGAUGAGUUCCAGGAGAACCACCCCUUCCGCCCGGAGCUGGCAAAGCCCAGGGCGGAAGAUCGGCAGGAGGCUUGGCAGCGGCUACAAGACAGGGACCGCCCCAAGUCCCCGUUCUUGGUGAAGUCUCGGAGCCAGUACGAGGAAGAGCUUCAGGAGCGCCAUCCCUUCAGUCCCAAGCUCAACUCUACGGGCAACGUCAACCGUGAGGAGUGGCUCCGGGAGCAGAAGGAGUGGCAGAAGAAGAAGCUGGAGAGGAGGCAUGAGAUGCUGAGAGAGAAGCGCCAGGAAGAAGCCCAGGAGCUGCAGGCGCUCUCGGUGCACCGCAAGGCGCCCAAAGAGGCGGGGGACGAGGCCGGGCGCCGGCUCUUCGCCGCGGCGCAGAAGCGGGACCAGCGACAGACCAAGCGCCGCAUGGAGCGGUUGGCGGAGGCGCAAGACGAGGUGAACCUUCUGCACCGCAAGCUGGAGAACUCACCGGCUGCGCCCACGGCGGUGGCGAAGGUGGUGGACCGCCUCUACUGCCAGGACCCCGCGGAGCGGGACGAGCGCCACCGGCAGCGACUGAAGCAGAAGAGGUUGGCAGAGAAGGCGGAAGAUCACUUGCAGCAGGCCCUCUCCGUGCACACGCCAUUGCCUCAAGACGACUUCGGCCUGGACAGCGACGAGGUGAGCUUGAAGAUGGAGCAGGAGCUGGAGAUCCUGGAGCUGCAGCUGCGGAAGCUGCGCAAACAGACCCUGCAUGCGGACUAUGGAAAGAUUUCCCGGCACGUGAUGGGCACUGUGCGCGACCGAGCUGAAAGUCCGGCGACUCCUCGAUCUAGGUCAGAGGCAAAGACGCCGAGAAAGGGCAAGCCUGCCGUCUCGCCCCGGCGUGAAGGCAACGCGAGAAACCCCUACGCAGGCGGAGCAGCCGCUCCUGCCAAGCCCAGGUCGCGCACCCCGCCGGCGCCGGGGCCGGCGCCGGCCACACCCCGCGCGGCGAGCCGGGGCCAAACUCCCCGCAGGGCACCCGCUGCCGGGCCGGACAAGUCACCGAGAGCUGCGACGCCACGCGUCGCGAAGGCGCCAGGUGCCAGACCUGUGCCCAGCAAAAGCCCGGUUCGCAAGGAGGAGCCCAAAGAAGCCGUACAGGGUUCGAGGGCGAAAGACGGGGCAAAGACGUUUGGCCGGGCCAAAGACGUCGAUGCGGCCAAAAGAGACACAAAGACCAGUCAGAAGAAGAGGGCGGAGGGUCAGGAUCGAAAGGCCAACGUUCAGGCCGCCCAAGGCAAGAAAGCAAGGUCAAGCAGUGAAAGCGAGCGCGAGCGGGCUCGCAAUGUUGAGAGCAGGGAAGGCCUGGACAACCGCAAGGAGGCAAAGGAGGAGGGCAGAAAGGCCACAAGAACAGAUAGUGGUGACGACGGUCAGCAGAAGCGGUCGACAACGACGAGAAGAAAAGAUAGUGAGCAGGCAGAGGGCCCCAGCGCCAAGAACGAAGUGGAUCGAGAACAGGAGCUGGCCGCGACCAAGAUUCAGAGCCGCAUGCGCGGCAAGCAAGCAAGGCGAGAGGUAGAGCAGCGCAAGCAAGGAGCAAAGGCCGGAAGAAAAGAUAGUGAUGAUGAAGGUCAGAAGAAGCAGUCGACAAAGACUACAAUAAAAGAUAGUGAGGAGGCAGCGGGCGCUGGCGACAAGAACGAAGUGGAUCGAGAACAGGAGCUGGCCGCGACCAAGAUUCAGAGCCGCAUGCGUGGCAAGCAAGCAAGGCGAGAGGUAGAGCAGCGCAAGCAAGGAGCAAAGGCCGGAAAAAAAGAUAGUGAUGAUGAAGGUCAGAAGAAGCAGUCGACAAAGAGUAGAAGAAAAGAUAGUGAGGAGGCAGCGGGCCCUGGCGACAAGAACGAAGUGGAUCGAGAACAGGAGCUGGCCGCGACCAAGAUUCAGAGCCGCAUGCGUGGCAAGCAAGCAAGGCGAGAGGUAGAGCAGCGCAAGCAAGGAGCAAAGGCCGGAAGAAAAGAUAGUGAUGAUGAAGGUCAGAAGAAGCACUCGACAAAGAGUAGAAGAAAAGAUAGUGAGGAGGCAGCGGGCCCUGGUGACAAGAACGAAGUGGAUCGAGAACAGGAGCUGGCCGCGACCAAGAUUCAGAGCCGCAUGCGUGGCAAGCAAGCAAGGCGAGAGGUAGAGCAGCGCAAGCAAGGAGCAAAGGCCGGAAGAAAAGAUAGUGAUGAUGAAAGUCAGCAGAAGCAGUCGACAAAGAGUAGAAGAAAAGAUAGUGAGGAGGCAGCGGGCCCUGGUGACAAGAACGAAGUGGAUCGAGCACAGGAGCUGGCCGCGACCAAGAUUCAGAGCCGCAUGCGUGGCAAGCAAGCAAGGCGAGAAGUUGAGAAGAAGAAAGCAGCAAGAAAGCCAACACCAGCCAGUGAGAGUGAAGAAAGCGGAGGGGAAGCGGAGAGGGAAAGCGAGAGCGAGAGCGGCGGAUGAGCAAUGCCCAAAGUGCACUCAGCCCUUGGCCAUGGCUUGCCACAGUGCCCGAAGUGGCCCGGGCUACGCUUGUUCCAGAGGCAGGGUUUCGAAGCCACCAAGUUUUAGGGAAUGGUGC